AUGGGGAAAGUGACAGCUGCCUUCUACGGGAUUUUGACCACACUGCACACAGCAAAUGCCUUCUCAGUCGUGAGAGGGUUGAAUUCCACACUGUCCUUUGAUACACCAUACCUCACCAAUGACAGCAGCUACUUCCCCAGUGCAGAUGCCGGCGCUUGGGUCAAUCCCAACAGCACCGUUCACUCGAGGAUCUCGGGCGAUGCCAACCCCUUCCCAAUGGCCAAGUGCUACGGUGUGCCAUUGGAAGAGGCUACCAUCGACCAGAUGCAAGCAUGGAUGAGCAGCGGAAACUUGACAUCUCGACAGUUGACUCUGUGCUACUUGGGUCGAAUCCUCCAGUUGAAUGACUACGUGAAUGCUAUCAUGGAAGUCAACCCGGACGUUCUCGCCAUUGCCGACGAGCGAGACGCUGAGCGUGCCAAUGGCACUGUCCGUGGUCCGCUGCACGGCAUCCCAUUUGUGGUCAAGGACAACAUCGCUUCCAAAGACAAAAUGGAGACCACUGCCGGGUCAUAUUCUCUUCUGGGGUCCAUUGUGUCGCGAGACGCCCACGUGGUCAAGCUGCUCCGGCAGAAAGGUGCUGUGCUGCUGGGGAAGAGCACUCUGGACGAAUGGGCCUCGAUGAGAUCCAACUCCAAGUCAUCCGGCUACUCGGCGCGCGGAGGGCAGUCUCGCAACGCCUUCAAUCUCUCCGCCGCCACUGGAGGGUCUUCCUCUGGAUCCGCGCAAGCCGUGACAUCCAACAUGAUCCCCAUCGCGUUCGGGACCGAGACCGACGGCAGCGUCAUCGCGCCCGCCCAACGAGCCGGCAUCAUCGGUUUCAAGCCCACUGUUGGCCUGACGUCGCGGAACGGCGUUGUCCCUGAAUCCGUGCACCAGGACACGGUGGGUUCGUUCGGUCGAACGUUCAAAGACGCCAUCUACGCCCUCGAGGCCAUUGUCGGCGUCGACACCCGCGACAACUACACGUCUGCCCAGCAGGGCCCUUCGGACGGCAACUACACGCAAUUCCUGGCCACCAAGGACGCCCUGAAAGGCGCCGUCUUCGGUCUGCCUUGGUUCUCGCUGUGGAAUCAAACAGCCAACAGUGCCAACCUGGCCCAGCUGUUGGAUGCGGUCAAGCGCCUCGAAGCCGCGGGGGCGACCAUCAUCAACGGCACCGAGUUCCCCCACUACCGGGAAAUCCUGUCGCCGGACGACUGGGACUGGUCGGUAGGGCCGUCGCCGCUGUUGAACGAGCUGUAUCGCGUCAACGUCGACUUCUACAACAACAUCCGCGACUACCUGGCAGAACUGAACAACACCAACCUGCGCGGCAUCGAAGACAUCAUCGCCUACAACAUCGAAUUCACCGGCGUCGAGGGCGGCAUCCCCGGCACCGUCGCGGGGUUCAAGUCCGGCCAGGACGGGUUCCUCGCCAGCGCCGCCACCAAGGGCGAAAUGAACUCUUCGUACUACGAGUGUCUGGACUACCUCAAUAGGGUGUCUCGUGAAGAAGGCAUCGACGCUGCCUUGUCGUACACCUACCCCAACGGCACAUCCAUCAAGCUCGAUGCCCUCUUGGUCCCUUCCAACGGUGGUGCCACCAGUGUUCCGGCCGUCGCGGGCUAUCCCAUGGUCACCAUGCCGGUCGGGCACAAUGCGCAUAGUAUACCCGUGGGUCUGGCCCUGAUCGGCACGGCCUGGAGCGAGCCUACUUUGAUCAAGUAUGGUAGUGCCAUCGACGAUCUGAUCCAGGGUCGCAAGACGCCUGAAUUCUACCAAUGGUGGUCAAAACUCGUCCCGGUGGACUUCUCGAUUUAG